GGCGGCGGCGGCGGCCUUGCGCGUCUGCGCCUGGGCGGCUUGGCCCUGCCGCCAGCCGCUUACCGCGGGUGCGGCGCUGCCCCGCCGGAGCUCGGCGGCUGCUGCUGCACGUUAAAUGCAAAGCCUGAAGGCGCUUCCACGUGCCAGGCUGCUCUGCGGCCCUCCGUGGUCUUGGGGGCCGCCCUUUAGAGUAUUCCCUGGCGACCUGAACUGGCAGUCCGUGCGCUAACGUUAUUUGGUGGUUCAGUUGUCACCCUCUUCCCUGUCCCCCGAGAGCCGUGCGCAGUCCCGUGUUAAAUUCUUUUUUUCUUCUAAAGGAUUUCUUGUUUUGUUGUGUAUGUGUAUACAGGACGUAGGAGAUACUGGACAGCUGUUCAGAACCUGCUUUUCUGCUGGCAAAGGUACUGCUGCACCAGCAAAUAUGCUCCCUGCAAAGAUGUUCCCAACACAGCAAAUUAUAGGAGACAUUAAUAUUGUCAUUCUGUGGCUAAAGGCAGUGCCAUCUCCCCUGUCUGGAAGGUAAUAAAAGAAGGAUUCUGCGUGGAGGCAGGAAUCUUCUGUCAUUGCAUCUGUGUUCUUGUGAUCCCAGAGAGUGUCUGCAGGGUGCUCAUUAGUUGAUGCUGGACUUACGUCAAAGGUUUUCCUCAGAACUUCAGGAAAAUUAGAUAAAUUUUUCCUUUCUAACAAGUUAUUUUCCUGCUUUAAGUGAUUCUCAAAGAUGUUUGCCAAAGCAACAAAGAAUUUUGUGAGAGAAACUGACAGUGGAGGUGACUUGAUUCCUGUCUCCCAGUUGAAUUCCUCUGACAAGCUACAGCUUCUGAGCUUAGUUACAAAGAGGAAGAAAUUUUGGUGCUGGCAGAAGCCCAAGUACCAUUUCUUGACGGUCACAUUGGGCGAUGUGCUUACUGAAGACAAACCUAUAAAACCAGUAAUCGUGGAGUCUGACUUUGUGAAAUAUAUGGGGAGAUUUGAAGAUUUUGUUCACGGAAGUAUUGAUACUUCAUUUGGAAAGAUCAGCUUGGGAGCCAGAGGGAAGGGCUAUGUGGAAAGCCAGUCUUCCUUUGGAAACCUGAGGAAGCAGGAGAUUGAUUUGCAGCAGCUUAUGAAAGACAUCAAGGGAAGAACAAUAAAUCUAAACAAUAGUUUACUGCAACAAGUAAUAGAAAGAAAACAUGAAGUGCUCUGCAUCUUGAGAGAAAAGAUAGUAACAACUCAAAAGUGUAUGAUAUCUGAACAUAUCCAAACAGAAGAGAAAAUCAGUGGCGUCCUGGGAUGCAGUACAAAAGUGGUAAAGGUUUCAGUGAAUGAAAAUGGAAGUAUGAUAAAGGAUUCUAGCGUGAUCCUUGAGAUUCCUCCAGCUACCGUUAUUGCCUAUGGUGUAAUUGAACUGUAUAUAAAGCACAGUGGCCAGUUUGAAUUCUGUCUGCUGGAUGAACAGGAAGGAGGUUUUGAAAGAGAGAGCACAGAAGGUUCAACUUCUCACCAUUUUGCACUAUUCAGAGAUGCUUCUCUUCUCUAUCAACCGGAUGCUGUUGAUAAUGAGACAUACUCUGGGGCUAAAAACAUCAUUCCCAGUGAUGCUUCCUUAAGUGUAUUGAAGCAAGAUCUGUCAUGGUUGAAGACUCAGUUCCAGCCAUUUGUGAAACUGCCAGAAGACAAACAAAGAGCUAUAUAUAAAACCCUGUAUGAACUCUUGCUCCAGGAAGAAAUGGUAGCUGCUCUGGAAGAUAUGUUAGAUGAUAUCUGCACAGGAGACAAGCCAGAUCUGAAGGAGCUAAAACCUGCACAGCAGCAAGAACUAGAUGACUUCUUGCAGCUCUUAGGCUGCAGAUUACAGGAUGAGCUAUUGUUGCAGAAAUACCAGCUUCAGAAUGAUGAACUCUUCUCAGCUGCUCACCUCCUCAUCAGUGCAAUCUCUGAGCUGUCUGAUUACACGCUUGUCCUGCUGCGUGCCUGCUGUGAUCUACAGGUUGUCCCUGUGUUGUGUUGUUUGCCUAACAUCGCUUCAACUGAUGGCACCUUGGCACUGAGCAAUCCUUUAGUGGCUUCCCUCGCUGACAAAGGAAGAUUUGGUGUCGUGCAAAGGCUGUUCGCUUCAUCGAACAUUAACCUGGAAAUGACAGAGUCUUCUGUAAAAGCUGUAACUAUGAAAGAACCCAGAUUCUUCCCACUUGUUCUUUAUGUGGCACUGUAUGGAUUUUAUGCUUUAGGUGGGAAUGUACAGGAGCUUUGCUGAGUGUUCAGUUAUUUAUCUAGCCUGUUUUUUCUUCUGUAGCUCGGCAGUGUAGCGCUGAUGUGUGUGAUGUAUGUCUAGUUUUAGACACACUCAGUUGAGUACUUUUGGUCCAUCCAGGUGGUAUGGAGGUCAGCGUGCCCUAGGUAUGCCUGAGGUAAGCACUCUGCAUUGCCGUCUGAAGGUGUGCUACUGCCCUGCAAUUGCACUAAGGAAGGUAAUGUCUGCAGUGGAAAAUAUAAGUAAAGAAGGAAUAAAAGAGAAGAAGAAAAGACAAGCCUGGAGCAGAAAUGGAACAUAACUGUGCUGAUAGUUGUUGUAUCUGCAGGGCAGCAAAACCAUGAUUGCUUGUAUUAAUAUGCGUGGGAGAAAACUACGAAGUACUAACUGCUUUUUGUAAGCAAGCCAAGUGUGGAAAUUCAGGGCUCAGUGUAUGCUUUGCUCAUUUAAGACCUGAUGUGCAAAAUGCCUACGCUGUAGGGGAAGUGGAAUGGAGGGCUCUUGGAUAGGUACUUGAUUAGGUUUUUAUUUAUUAAGUAUAGUUGGGGUUUAUGGAUAUGAAUUCUGCAUUGCAGAAAAUAGUAAGAUCUUUUUCAAAAACUAAGACUGCCUUAGGGAUUAUACCUCUGCACAGCAUUUCUCUGUUUUCUAAUAACUUUUACACAGCAAGUUUCAGCUGUUUAAAUUGCAUUCUGAAUUUCCCCUUUGAGAUGUGAUGAUUCCUUUUGGUGUGUGCAUAUGUGGUGUGUCCCUGUUGCACUCCACAAAAGCAAUCAUUUUAUCUGCAUGACAUUUUCAGUGCAGCUGUUUUGCUUGUUUCUUUGACUAACAGCAAAGUGUUAGUUAAGCACUUUGUGCUUUGAACUAUUUUGCCUUUUUUUUAAUCAUAAUUUCUGUGAUCGUGUGAAUGGGAAGAAAAUACAGGUUCUUUCAGGUGUAUGGAAGUACAUGUUAUACCACUAGCAGGAGUCAUGUGUGUUUGUAAAUGGAAAAGCCUUCUUCUACCAAGCGCUACUCGUAAGUUGUCUCUGUAACUAAUAUAUCAAAAUUUUGUAUUAAAUAUUAUGUUGAAACAGUAGAACAA